AUGAAUAAUCAAGGAGGCGGUCGCUACGGUCAACCCAACCCAUAUGCCCAACAGGAUGACCAGUAUGAACCAGUUGGUGGUUACGGUCAGCAACCAAGCUAUGGUGGACAACAGCAGGCUGGGUACGGACAGCAAAACCCAUACGAUCAGCAGCAACCUGCGUAUGGGCAACAGGGAGCAUACGGACAACAGGGUGGUUAUGGUCAGCAGCAGCCCAGCUAUGGACAACCGCAAGCAUAUGGUCAACAACAGACCGGGACUGUUGGACGUCCGGAGCCCCAGGCGUACCCAAGUAGCAACUACGGCGAUGUCCAGGGCAACAAUGCAUACGAAAUGGGAUCGAUGAACGGUCAAACAUCCGCGCAGAAAGAUCCGAAGGCAAUUUUGAAUGCUUGCAGGGAAAUUGACCGUGGGGUCGACUCCGUUGAAGACAAACUUAGUGAAUUCACAAGGUUACUGGCAAAGGCGGAAGGCGCAACUGGUGAUGAGUCGAAUAUCCACAGAGAGAUCAACAGUCUUACAGCAGAAACGAUGACAGCUUACAAAGCCUUGGGCGAUCGGAUAAAAAAGAUCAAGUCGGAUCCUGAGUCUGGUAACCCACGAAAUGCCCCUCAAGUUGGCAAGUUGCAGAGGAGACUGCAAGGUGCGAUUAGGCAAUUUCAGCAGAUUGAAAUGGAUUAUCGCAACCAAAUGAGGGCUCAAAACGAACGUGAUAUCCGGAUUGCCAGACCAGACUUGACAGAAGCUGAGGUCAAAGAGGCAGCCGAGGAUCCUGAUGCGAGACAAAUCUAUACGACUGCUCUCAUGGACCGUACUCGACGCAAUCAAGCGCAAACAGCCUUGGGAGCUAAUAGAAAGAGACACGAAGGCAUUCAAGAAAUCGAAAAGCAGUUAAUGAUAUUGGCUCAGCUUUUCCAGGACCUCGAUGCAAUGGUUAUCCAACAAGAAGCAGCCGUAGAAAACAUCGACCAACGAGGUGAAGAUAUCCAAGAGAACGUGGAGCAAGCCAACGUCCAGCUUGAUGGAGCCAUCAAAAGCGCUAGUGCGGCGAGAAGGAAGAAGUUUUGGUGCUUGGGUAUCGCAACCCUUAUCAUCAUUAUCAUAGUAGUCAUCGUGGUUGUUGUUGUCCUAGUCCUUCGCAGCCGAGAUAGCAAUUCUUCUACACCGGCACCUGCAGCGACGCCUGCACCGAGUACUGCAGCAAGGGUUAGAAUGGUUCGAGGUCGAGAUGCUGAGCAUUUCAGACCUUGA